CGCGGAGGCGACCCGUCGCUGCUCAAAUUCAUGUACAAGCACUUCACCGUCAGCUACGAGAACCUGCGCGCUGGCCGGAUAUGGACAGUGCUCACCGGCGCGUUCUCCCACUCGGACACGAGCCACGCGCUCAUGAACGGCCUCUCGCUCUUCUUCAUCGCGCCCUCGGUGCUGGCCCUGCUGAGCCCACCGCGCUUCCUGGCGCUGUACAUAUCAGGCGCCCUCGGCGCAAGUUUGACCAGCAUCCUGUGGAAGCGCUACGCUCAAAUCCCAGAUUUCCCCUCCCAAGGCGCCAGCGGCGCCAUCCUGGCUAGCAUUGCCUACCUCGCGUGUGUAUCCCCCCGCACCACAUUCUACAUCUUCUUCAUCGUCCCGUGCCCGGCGUGGGCGCUGUUGCCCGGGAUGCUCGCGUAUGAUGGGUACAUGGCCUAUUCGGACGCUCGAUCCCGCACGGACGCGGCCGGCCACGUCGGGGGCAUGCUCUCGGGAAUUGCAUACUUUGCAUCUCGGAUGGGAAGAUUCAUGAUUCGCUAG